CCUGAGAACUCCGACACAUUUUUAACUUUCUCUCUGUCUCGGCUCUCUCUAGAAAAAAACACAUAUUUCAAUUUGAUUUUAGUUUUCUUCUUCUCUUGGUUUUUGAGAGAAAAUAUUUCGAAAUUUACACUCUUUUUAAUAUUUUUCUUUGUCGCCGCAGUUGAGACUCACUGCAAGCGUCUCUUGUAAGCUCAUUUCGAGUCUUCUUCACCACUCCAACUCUUCACUUCUUUAACUUCUUCUAUUAAUUUGGUUCAUCAGUUUUUAUUAAACUUCUGGGUUUGGAAUCUGGUACCUGGAGAGUAAGAGAAUGAGCGCUUCCAAGUUCAUAAAAUGUGUAACUGUUGGAGAUGGAGCUGUUGGGAAGACAUGUAUGCUUAUCUGUUACACUAGCAACAAGUUCCCUACUGAUUAUAUACCAACUGUGUUCGACAAUUUCAGUGCCAAUGUUGCUGUGGAUGGACAGAUCGUGAACUUAGGGCUAUGGGACACUGCAGGUCAAGAAGAUUACAGUAGGUUGAGACCAUUGAGUUAUAGGGGAGCUGAUAUCUUUGUCUUAGCCUUUUCCCUUAUUAGCAAGGCGAGCUACGAAAAUGUACUCAAGAAGUGGAUGCCUGAACUUCGUCGGUUUGCCCCAAAUGUUCCCAUAGUCCUUGUUGGUACAAAGCUAGAUCUUCGAGAUGACAAGGGAUACCUCGCGGAUCACACCAAUGUCAUUACCUCUACUCAGGGAGAGGAGUUGAGGAAGCAAAUCGGUGCAGCUGCUUAUAUCGAAUGCAGCUCCAAGACUCAACAAAAUGUGAAAGCGGUGUUUGACACAGCGAUCAAGGUUGUACUACAGCCUCCGAGGAGGAAGGAGGUCACACGGAAAAAGAAGAAACACAGAAGAUCCGGUUGCUCCAUUGCGAGUAUUGUCUGUGGAGGCUGCACCGCAGCUUAAGACACAUCACAAGUCUCACAAACAUUGUGACAAUCUAUUGUUCUCUUUCUAUGGUUGUUUUCUGGUUCGUAGGUCGAAAAAAAUCUCCAAAUGUGAGACAAGGGAACUGUUGGUUCUCUUAUUUGUAUGUGAAGCACCUCUCUGUUUUUGUUUGUGUAGAUUUUGUAACAUUCUCUUGUUUUGUUUACAAGUUUUGGAUCUCUCUAGCAAAUUUAGAAUUCUUGAA